GGGGUAUUUCCAGUUGGUAAGACCUGUUGCUUUCACUUCCUCUAGCAUUCUGAGGAACAGAACAGAAUUUUUUAAAACCCUUUUUAGAGUCAGUGCUGAGACAAGGAAGAGUAUUCCACUUGCAGGCAGCAAGCACAGCAGCAGGUCUGCUCCAGGGGAAACCACCAGCAUCAUGGAGAAUGACAGAAGAACCCUUCUUGCCAACCAGCAGCAACCCACUGAGACAGCUGUGUAUGCUGGCACUGUAGAGCAUCAGCAGAGACUUCCUUCCAACAAUCGAGUUGCCUACUCUGUCUUUACCAUACUGGCAGUCUUGCUGAUUGCAGGCCAGGCACUUACUGCUUAUUUUGUAUAUCAGCAUCAGAACCAGAUUUCCAAGCUGACCAAGAACACCAACGACCUGCAACUGAAAGCAAUGGUCAGCAGUCUUCCUCAUGAACCCAAGCCGGCUGGCCGGAUGAGAAUGCCAAUGGCCAAUAUGAUGCCACUGCUCAUGAGGGACACAGACAGUAACGCAGAGGAUCCAACCCAGCUGAGCAAUAAGACUGAAGACAUAGUUAAACGCUUACUCCUGAUGGGAGAUCCCACCAGAAAGUUUCCUAAACUGGAGAAAGCCUUUAUGGACAAUAUGAUUCAGCUGAAGAGAUCCAUGAAUUAUGUUGACUGGAAUGCCUUUGAGAUGUGGAUGUACAAAUGGCUGCUUUUCCAAAUGGCCCAAACUAAAGACCCAGAAGAAAUUGCAGCAGUAAAAGUGCAAACCAAGUGCCAGGCAGAAGCAAGUUUCAAGGGUGUCUAUCCAGGAAAGUUCCGCCCCCAGUGUGACGAAAAUGGCGAUUACCUGCCUGUGCAGUGCAAUCAUAGCACUGGGUUUUGCUGGUGUGCCAAGAAAGAUGGUACUAAGAUUGAGGGUACCUCAAGUCGUGGAUUUCUGAACUGCACUGAAACGCAUCAGAUUGUAGAUCCUGAGAAUGCAACAUAUUCAGGGCAGGAUCUUCUGCAUCUCAACUGAAAAGUGCCAAGUAAAGGAUGAAGGCAAGAUCAGCCACAUCACUUCACAAACUUCAGCUUUUCUCCAUCUGGCUCUGUUUUAUGUUGUGCUGUGCUUCUGAAUUGAUUUUUGUGCAUGAAGAACCAUUUACAAACUUAAAAAUUCCUACACUUAGACAUUUUCCUUAAUAGAGUGGAGGGGAGAGUAGACAAAGUAUCAUUGGUUACUGAUUUCAGGGCUGAGUUAUCUUCUUGCAGAAAUUAACAUUCCACACAAGAACAGCAAAAAGCUUUGCAGUGAACAAGGAUCGUUCCUUUAAUAGUCAGCUCAAGCAGAAUAAUUUUUUUAGCUAAAUAUAUCCCAGUGAUUUUUGUAGUUAAUCAGCCUACACAGGUAGAGUAGCCAUUGCAAGUAUCGUGGAAAAAUUCAGGUUAGCAGGUUCUGAAAUGCAAGCUCUGGGCUGUUGACCAACAAGAGAUGGAAUGCAAGAAGUAAUAUCAAAGACAUAUGGGAAAAUGUUAUUACUCUGUGCUCUUCUAGAUACCUGGUUUCAGCUACUGAACUCUGAAUUCAUUGCUUGAAUGGAGCUGAGAUGCCCUCUACAGGGAAUAAAUUGUUGCUGCAUGUAAGGGUUACAUACAAUAUUAAAGGAAAAAUUAUGGGAAUCUUGGGAGAUAAUGCCCUGUAACUUUUCCCCAGCAGAUGAGUUGGAAGCCCUUUAACAGUGCCUCUUUACCAGUGGUGGGAUUCAGCAGGUUUGCACCACUUUGGCAGAACUGGUUGUUAAAAUGGUGCUUGCAAACAACCAAUUGUUAAAUUAUUUGAAUCCCACCACCGGAACCAGUUGUUACAUUAUUUGAAUCCCACCACUGCUCUUUACUCUAAUAUAGACUUUAGAAAAGCUUCUAGCACAUGAAUAGUGAUAUUAUAGGUAAGGAUACAGCUAAUGCUUAUGCUAAAGAACAUGCUUCUUUCACCCAGUGCAGGCAAUAUUCAAUAUGUUUUUCUUUAAGAAAGCAAAGUAGUGUUUCAUCUAUAAAUAAGCAAUAGAUGAGAUUUUUAAUCUUCAUAUCUUACUCUAUGACAUGGCAAUUAUGGGUUAUGAAUGUAUGAUCAGUCCUUUGUAACUAUUUAACAACGAUGAUUUUAGUUAUAAGCCUUGAAAAAUUAAAAAUAACCACGAAUAAAA